CCUUGGACCGCUCGGGAGACUUGGGCCUCGGCGGCCUCCGUCCAAGGGUGGGCACGGAAGGAAUUCCGCGGACCGGAGUCGCGGAACCGGGCUCCGGGACGUGGAUGGAGAUGGAGUUCGACUGCGAGGGUCUCAGACGGCUACUGGGCAAGUACAAGUUCAGAGAUCUAACUGUGGAAGAACUAAAGAAUGUAAAUGUGUUUUUCCCACAUUUCAGAUAUUCUAUGGACACCUAUGUGUUCAAAGAUAGUUCCCAGAAAGACCUGCUGAAUUUCACUGGCACUAUUCCUGUGAUGUAUCAGGGUAAUACGUAUAAUAUACCAAUUCGUUUGUGGAUUUUGGAUUCCUACCCUUUUGCUCCCCCCAUUUGCUUCUUAAAGCCAACUGCAAAUAUGGGAAUCUCAGUUGGAAAACAUGUGGAUGCUCAAGGCAGAAUAUACUUGCCCUAUCUUCAGAACUGGAGCCAUCCUAAAUCUGUCAUUGUUGGGCUAAUUAAAGAAAUGAUUGCCAAGUUUCAAGAGGAACUUCCCCUGUAUUCUCUACCAUCAUCUGAUGAGGCACGGCAGGUAGACUUGCUAGCCUAUAUUGCAAAAAUCACUGAAGGUGUCUCAGACAUAGAUUCAAAGAACUGGGUAAAUCACGAGCAUAAAACAGUCAAUAAAAUUACCGUGGUUGGAGGUGGAGAGCUGGGUAUUGCCUGCACAUUAGCAAUCUCAGCAAAGGGCAUUGCAGACAGACUGGUCCUCUUGGACCUCUCAGAAGAGACAAAAGGAGGGGUGAUGGACCUUGACAUCUUUAGCCUGCCUAAUGUGGAGAUCAGCAAAGAUUUGUCUGCCUCUGCUCAUUCCAAGGUGGUGAUCUUCACAGUCAACUCUUUGGGUAGUUCUCAGUCCUACCUGGAUGUGGUACAAAGCAAUGUGGAUAUGUUCAGAGCCCUUGUCCCAGCUCUGGGACACUAUAGUCAACAUGGUGUCCUGCUCGUCGCAUCUCAACCAGUGGAAAUCAUGACAUACGUGACUUGGAAACUGAGUGCAUUUCCUGUAAAUCGAGUGAUCGGGAUUGGAUGUAAUCUGGACUCACAGAGAUUACAGUAUAUUAUUACAAAUGUUUUGAAGGCACAGCCGUCAGGAAAACAAGUAUGGGUUAUCGGUGAACAGGGAGAAGACAAAGUGCCCACAUGGGGUGGCCAAGAAGAAGUAAUGAGUCCUAACUCUCGGGUGCAGUUGUCCAACAGAGCCAUGGAACUGUUACGGGUAAAAGGUCAAAGAUCCUGGUCUGUUGGACUAUCAGUGGCUGACCUGGUUGACAGUAUUGUAAACAAUAAAAAGAAGAUACAUUCUGUAUCAAUUUUAGCAAAGGGAUAUUAUGACAUAAAUAGUGAAGUGUUUUUAAGUUUGCCUUGCAUCAUUGGAAGCAGUGGGGUAUCUGAAGUCAUCCAAAGCACAGUGAAGGAAGAUGUGGUGACUGAGAAACUCCAAAGCAGUGCGUCAUCAAUCCAUGGUCUCCAGCAACAGUUAAAACUUUGAUUCUAAAGUUCAGUUACCAGAAAGGAAAGGUCAUUUAAUUUUGCCAACAUACAUAGGGUUGAGAAUUUCUGUAUCUUACUACUUACCCUUACAAACUGCUUGGUUAAGGUAGAUGGUUUCUGAUUAGCUUUGUAAUUUGAAUCCUUAGGAAGUUAAGAUAGGGAGGGGGAAGAGAUCUAAUUUUCUUUGUUGCUCUUGAGCUCUCUAAAACUGUUCUUCCAACCUCCAGCAGAAGUAGACAUUCAUCAACAAUAUGCAUCAUUUAAAUUUAUGGAUCCUCAACUAAAAGCACAUUUAGCACUUUGGGAGUAUUUUGAAAGUACUAUGUUUUUUAAAAGAAAAAGUGACUCUUUGACUAUUAAACAUGAUAAGCUGAAGGCCCAA